AUGAAGUUUGUGGACAUGUGGUCUGUUUGCCUGUUGAUCGGUUUCGUUGGAGGUCAUUCACCUGGUAGCGAGCUGGAGGCUGUUAGGUAUGGACCCUCGGAGGAGAGGGUCGCCAGUGACACCUUCACUGUGGCUGACAUCAAUAUAACGUAUAAGGACGAGCAUGGAGAGUACUACACGGAUACAUCCGAGUCGGGUAAAUACGGCGAGGGUUUCAUCGGUUCGUCCCGCGGGAUGGCGGUGCAUGUGCGCGCUAAGGGUCCGAAUGGUGAUCAUGAUCACACGGGCUGCACGUGGCCGUUGCUGUCCGUGGCCGCGCCCACGGAACCACUGCCCACGGAACCCUGGAUAGCCGUCAUCCGCCGCGGCAACUGCAACUUUGAGAUUAAGGUUCAGAAUGCCUGGCGGGCGAACGCCUCGGCCGUUCUCAUUUACAACGACAGAGAUACUACUGUGUUGGAAAAGAUGAAACUAUCAGUGAAUAAUGGACGUAACAUUAGCGCGGUUUUCACAUACAAAUGGAAAGGCGAGGAGAUCACCCGUUUAGUUGAUAACGGGACUCGCGUGAUGAUAGCUAUUAUCAAGGGAAGAACAUUGACUCAUAUCAACAGCAACAUCAAUAAGACAUCAGUUCUAUUCGUGUCGAUAUCCUUCAUAGUGCUGAUGGUGAUAUCUCUCGCUUGGCUCGUCUUCUAUUAUAUACAACGCUUCAGAUACAUACACGCUAAGGACAGACUGUCGAAGCGGCUCUGCUGUGCUGCUAAAAAAGCAUUGUCCAAAAUACCUGUAAGAAACCUAAAGGUUGACGAUAGGGAGGUUCAAGGUGAUGGUGAGUGUUGUGCGAUUUGUAUCGAGCCUUACAAAGUAUCGGAAACAUUAAGAUCUUUACCAUGCAGGCAUGAUUUCCACAAGAGCUGUAUCGACCCAUGGUUACUUGAACACCGCACCUGUCCCAUGUGUAAGAUGGACAUACUCAAAUAUUAUGGAUUCGUGUUUACAGGAAGUCAGGAGAGUAUUUUGCAGUUAGAGGCAGAAGACGCCCGCUCCACGCUCAGCCCCGCCACCAACAGGCACCCGCUCACACUUUUACAGAACGAGUCGUCGUACGAGGAGGCGGGCAGCGAGCGGAGCAGCCGGGCGGCGUCACCCGACAGGCUCGUGAGGAACGAGAUGAAUGAAGACAGGUCGUGCGUGUCCUCUCCCUCGCACGUCGACCGCCCGCCCGCGGAGCGCCGCGACUAA